GAGCAAUCAUAUACGACACCAUCAUGGCUCCCGGUGUCUUAUUACAACCGUCGCAAUCGGAGCUUGAGGCAGCUUCCCCGCCGAAAGCUGCGGCCUCGUUAUUGCAACUCACUGAAGAAUGGGACGAUACCAUUCGCUUCUAUCUUAAUGGCACCAAGGUUAUCUUGGACUCUGUUGACCCCGAAAUCACAUUGCUGGAAUACCUGAGGGGUAUUGGCUUGACAGGGACAAAACUAGGGUGUGCAGAAGGUGGUUGUGGUGCUUGCACGGUUGUCGUUUCGCAAAUCAAUCCGACUACCAAGAAGCUUUACCAUGCCUCCAUCAACGCCUGCAUUGCGCCGCUGGUUGCUGUCGAUGGGAAACACGUUAUUACGGUGGAGGGCAUUGGGAACGUUAAGAAUCCCCAUGCGAUUCAGCAACGGCUAGCAAUCGGAAACGGAAGCCAGUGCGGUUUCUGUACACCGGGAAUUGUGAUGAGUCUCUAUGCGCUCUUACGAAAUGACCCUAAGCCCUCUGAGCAUGCGGUGGAAGAAGCUUUUGACGGAAACCUUUGUCGCUGUACUGGAUAUCGACCGAUUUUGGACGCUGCCCAAAGCUUUACAAGCCCAAUCGGCUGUGGCAAAGCUCGAGCAAACGGUGGCUCUGGAUGCUGUAUGGAAGAACAGAAAGGCACAAAUGGAUGUUGCAAAGGGUCUUCCGAGGAGACUACCGAAGACGUUAAGCACAAGUUUGCGUCUCCCGACUUUAUUGAGUACAAACCAGACACGGAACUAAUAUUUCCUCCGUCGCUCUGGAAACACGAGUUGCGCCCUCUCGCUUUUGGUAACAAGAGAAAGAAGUGGUAUCGGCCGGUCACCGUACAGCAGCUCCUGGAGAUCAAGAGUAUUCAUCCUGAUGCAAAAUUGAUAGGUGGCAGCACCGAGACGCAGAUCGAGAUCAAAUUCAAGCAGAUGCGUUAUGGAGCAUCUGUCUACCUUGGAGACCUCGCUGAACUCCGGCAAUUUGCCUUUCAUGACAACUACUUGGAAAUUGGUGCCAACAUUUCAUUAACUGAUCUUGAAUCUGUCUGUGAUCAGGCCAUCGAGCGCUACGGCUCAGCUCGCGGCCAGCCCUUUGCCGCUAUAAAGAAACAGCUUCGCUACUUUGCUGGGAGACAGAUCAGAAAUGUGGCUUCGCCAGCUGGGAACCUGGCCACUGCAUCCCCGAUAUCCGAUCUCAACCCAGUUUUUGUCGCUACAAACACGACUCUUGUCGCCAGGUCGUUAGAUAAGGAAACCGAGAUUCCAAUGACACAGUUCUUCAGAGGUUACCGAUCUACGGCCCUUCCGCCAGACGCUAUCAUUUCAAGUCUACGUAUACCUACCGCAUCUGAGAAAGGCGAGUAUUUGCGGGCUUAUAAACAAUCUAAGAGGAAGGAUGAUGACAUUGCAAUUGUGAAUGCCGCUUUGCGGGUUUCACUCUCGUCAUCGAACGAUGUCACUAGCGUGAGCCUAGUUUUUGGCGGUAUGGCGCCUUUGACGGUAUCUGCGCGGAACGCGGAGGCCUUCCUCACCGGGAAGAAGUUCACUGAUCCGGCAACUCUAGAAGGUACUAUGGGUGCUUUGGAGCAGGAUUUCAACCUGAAGUUUGGUGUUCCAGGUGGUAUGGCGACUUACCGAAAGUCACUUGCUCUCGGGUUCUUCUACCGAUUCUACCAUGACGUAUUAUCACAGAUCGAGGCCAGGAGUAGUGAUCUGGAUAACAGUGUGGUCGCUGAAAUUGAGCGAGCAAUUUCAACUGGAGAGAAAGAUAACGAGGCUUCAGCGGCUUACCAGCAGAGGGUUCUAGGCCGAGCCGGGCCGCACCUCUCGGCAUUGAAACAGGCUACCGGAGAAGCUCAGUACACCGACGACAUUCCCGCGCAAAAGAACGAACUGUACGGAUGUAUGGUUUUGUCCACAAAGGCUCACGCCAAGCUGCUCAGUGUCAACACAGAAGCCGCUUUGGAAAUUCCUGGUGUCAUCGAUUAUGUAGAUCAUAAAGACCUUCCAUCACCGAGAGCGAACUGGUGGGGUGCUCCAAAUUGUGACGAGGUCUUCUUUGCUGUCGAUAAAGUCACAACUGCCGGACAGCCAAUUGGUAUGAUUCUUGCAAACACAGCCAAGGCUGCAGAAGAGGGUGCAAGAGCCGUCAAAGUUGAAUAUGAAGAAUUGCCAGUAAUCCUCAGCAUCGAAGAGGCAAUCGAAGCGCAAUCCUUCUUCGAACGCUUCCGUUAUAUCAAGAAUGGAGACCCGGAAAGCGCCUUCAGAGACGCUGACCAUGUCUUUGAGGGUGUAUCUCGAAUGGGGGGCCAGGAACAUUUUUAUUUAGAAACACAAGCUUGUGUGGCUAUCCCUAAAGCAGAAGACGGCGAAAUGGAAAUCUGGAGCAGUACCCAGAAUCCGACGGAAACGCAAUCAUAUGUAGCACAGGUUACUGGCGUGGCUGCCAACAAGAUCGUGUCAAGGGUCAAGCGCCUUGGAGGAGGCUUUGGUGGUAAAGAGACGCGGUCAGUCCAGCUCGCAGGUAUAUGCGCCACAGCAGCCGCAAAAGUCAGGCGUCCAGUGCGGUGUAUGCUCAAUCGCGAUGAAGACAUUGCGACUUCUGGACAGCGUCACCCAUUCUAUUGUAAAUGGAAAGUCGGGGUGACAAGGGAGGGCAAGCUGCUUGCACUUGAUGCGGACGUGUACGCAAAUGGUGGACAUACACAGGAUCUUUCAGGUGCUGUUGUGGAGCGAAGUCUUUCACACAUUGACAACGUAUAUCGAUUCCCGAACAUUUACGUCCGGGGCAGGAUAUGCAAGACGAACACCGUCUCAAAUACGGCAUUCCGGGGCUUUGGUGGCCCUCAAGGUCUCUUUUUUGCCGAGUCAAUCAUCUCAGAAGUCGCAGAUCAUCUAGACCUUCAGGUGGAACAGCUCCGGAUACUCAACAUGUACGAACCGGGUGACAUGACUCAUUUCAACCAAGAACUUAAGGACUGGCAUGUCCCGUUGAUGUACGAUCAGGUUCUACAGGAGAGCGAGUAUUUUGAGCGCCGCAAGGCCGUGGAGGAAUAUAACCGCACGCACAAGUGGUCCAAGCGUGGCAUGGCCAUUAUCCCCACCAAGUUUGGUAUCUCUUUCACGGCCCUCUUUCUCAACCAAGCGGGCGCCCUCGUUCAUAUCUACCACGACGGAAGCGUCCUCGUCGCCCACGGCGGCGUGGAAAUGGGCCAAGGUCUCCACACAAAGAUGACCAUGAUAGCAGCCGAAGCCCUAGGCGUUCCCUUGUCGGACGUCUUCAUCUCCGAAACAGCCACCAACACCGUCGCAAACACAUCCUCUACAGCGGCUUCUGCCAGCUCCGACCUCAACGGCUAUGCCAUCUAUAACGCCUGCACCCAACUGAACGAACGUCUCAAGCCCUACCGUGAAAAGAUGCCCAACGCAACCCUGAAAGACCUCGCCCACGCUGCUUACUUCGACCGUGUCAACCUUUCUGCCCAAGGCUACUACCGCACCCCAGACAUCGGCUAUACCUGGGGUGAGAACAAGGGUCAAAUGUUCUUCUACUUCACGCAGGGCGUUACAGCCGCUGAAGUCGAAAUCGAUACGCUCACCGGCGACUGGACGCCCCUCCGGGCAGAUAUCAAAAUGGAUGUCGGCCGCACAAUCAACCCCUCCAUCGACUACGGUCAGAUAGAAGGCGCAUACAUUCAGGGCCAGGGUCUCUUCACAACAGAAGAAAGCCUUUGGCACCGCACAACUGGCCAAAUAUUCACUAAAGGUCCUGGAAACUACAAAAUUCCGGGCUUCCGUGACAUUCCGCAAAUAUUCAACGUUAGUCUCCUUAAGGACGUAGAGUGGGAGAACCUGCGGACGAUCCAGCGCAGUAGAGGCGUCGGCGAGCCACCGCUUUUCAUGGGCAGCGCGGCGUUUUUCGCUAUUCGGGAUGCACUGAAGGCUGCCAGGAAGGAGUGGGGGGUUACUGAUGUGCUGAGUCUUGUCAGUCCGGCUACACCGGAGAGAAUUAGGGUUAGUUGUGCGGAUCCCAUUAUUGAAAGGGCGAGAGUGAAGGCGGAGGAAGGGGAAAAGAGCUUCUUCGUUGCGAUAUAGGGGAAUAAGCAUUCCGUAAUAUAGUACAGG